AUGGCGGCCACGGAGGACGAGCGGCUGGCCGGUAGUGGGGAAGGAGAGCGGCUGGAUUUCCUCCGGGACCGGCACGUGCGGUUCUUCCAGCGCUGCCUCCAGGUCUUGCCGGAGCGCUAUUCUUCCCUCGAGACCAGCAGGUUGACAAUUGCAUUUUUUGCGCUCUCCGGGCUGGAUAUGUUGGAUUCCUUAGAUGUGGUGAACAAAGAUGAUAUAAUAGAGUGGAUUUACUCCCUGCAGGUCCUUCCCACAGAAGACAGAUCAAAUCUAAAUCGCUGUGGUUUCCGAGGCUCUUCAUACCUCGGUAUUCCAUUCAAUCCAUCAAAGAAUCCUGGAACAGCUCAUCCUUAUGAUAGUGGCCACAUAGCAAUGACCUACACUGGCCUUUCAUGCUUAGUUAUUCUUGGAGACGACCUAAGCCGAGUAAAUAAGGAAGCUUGCUUAGCAGGCUUGAGAGCCCUUCAGCUGGAAGAUGGAAGUUUUUGUGCAGUACCUGAAGGCAGUGAAAAUGACAUGCGAUUUGUAUACUGUGCUUCCUGUAUUUGCUAUAUGCUCAACAACUGGUCCGGCAUGGAUAUGAAAAAAGCCAUCAACUAUAUUAGGAGAAGUAUGUCCUAUGACAAUGGGUUGGCACAGGGAGCUGGACUUGAAUCUCAUGGAGGAUCCACUUUUUGUGGCAUUGCAUCACUAUGUCUGAUGGGUAAACUAGAAGAAGUUUUUUCAGAAAAAGAAUUGAACAGGAUAAAGAGGUGGUGUAUAAUGAGGCAACAAAAUGGUUACCAUGGAAGACCUAAUAAGCCCGUAGACACCUGUUACUCUUUUUGGGUGGGAGCAACUCUAAAGCUUCUGAAAAUUUUCCAAUACACUAACUUUGAGAAAAAUAGAAAUUACAUCUUAUCAACUCAAGAUCGCCUUGUAGGGGGAUUUGCCAAGUGGCCAGAUAGUCAUCCAGAUGCUUUGCAUGCGUACUUUGGGAUCUGUGGCCUGUCACUAAUGGAGGAAAGUGGAAUUUGUAAAGUUCAUCCUGCCCUGAAUGUAAGCACACGGACUUCUGAACGCCUUCGAGAUCUCCAUCAGAGCUGGAAAACCAAGGACUCUAAACAAUGCUCAGAGAAUGUCCACAUCUCCACAUGACUGUCUUUAGGUUGGGAGGGUGGGGGAUUUGUAGCAUAACUGUAGCUCAAGGUUAAAAGCCAUGUAUAACCAAGUGUGCUCUUUUUUUAAGAGGUAGAGUCUUACAAUCAAAUCUUGUGCUGAUGUCACUUUGGGAUAUGGUCUUGAGCCAGUAACCUUUGUACUGGGUUUCAAGAAAAUCUUUGUUGAAGUUUGAACCACAGUGGACUCUGUUGUGGUUCUUAAAUGUUUAUACUGUAUUUCUAAGAAGUUCUUUGAGUCAUAUUAACUGUAUGUAGGUUAUCUUUUUAAAAAACUCUUCAGUACAAAUUGUAUCAUUACAAAAGGGACAAAAACCUUCCAAAUAAGUUUACAGUUCACAUAGCAUUGAUAAUCUUUGGGUGAAAACUCAGUGAUCAUUUUAAAAGCUUGAUUGCUGAUGGUAGAAAUUUGCUUUAAGGAAUUAAGUAUCUGGGAUUAUUCUUUGAAAACAUGAUCCCAUAGUUUUUAAAAAGAAGGACUUAUUUUGUCUUAUUCUUCAGUGUGCCAAUUAAACUUGUGUGGCCUAUAUAAAUGAAAUUAACUUCAUAGCGAGAAUGAAUAGGCUUAACUAAUACAAUAAUUUUAUAAAGGGAAAUUGUUUUAAGAAGAUUAUUAUGUAACUGAGGGAAAAGGAAUUUAACUGUAUGUGAUUGUGAAUGGGAAAAUUUUGUGCUGUGCCGGUCAUUUAUUUAGAUGUUGCUGGUGAAGAGCAAUUAUGUUUGAUUUUAAUCUCAAAUCACUAGUUGCUUUUUUUUCUUUCUGGGGAGAAAACAGUCUUAUCUAGAAGGAAAGACUUUUAGUGGUUUGUUUAUUUGAGAUAUGUGAUAUUGUAAAUUAUACUUGUACUUUUAUAACUGAGUUAUUUUUAGCCAUUUGGAUUUUUUUUAGUUUGUUGCCCCCAGUUUGUUAGCAGCUAUAAUUUCAAACUGAUAAUUUUCUAAUUUUUUCAAAUUAAAUAAGUAAAAAAAGAACACUCAAGUAAAUUUAAUGGUGUAGCUCCAUCCAUGGUCAUUUAUAUUUUUAUAUUUUCAGGUAAGUGGGAGGGAAAUGUACCAUUUAGGGGUUAAGGAGUGGAGUUUUGCUUUUCUUUUUGGGUUUUUUUCUUCAUUCUGUGAACUAGCUAAUUGUAAAGGAGUUAGUAUAAAAAUUCAUCUUUAUUAGUAAUCAAUUUAUCAAUAAAUUAUAUCCAUCACAGUUGCUUGAUAACAUUCAAAUAUGUGAGACUCAUACUGAAAUCUUCACUAAAGGAGCUGGGUUUAAGUUAAAGUCUUGGUGAUCAUAAAUGUUGAAUUAUUAGUUCUACAAGCAUCAGUAUAAAAACUAAAUUACUAGUAUCACUGUUUAGAUAUUGGAAUAUUUAAAUUUUUAUUUUAAUUUCUUUCCUAAACUGGAGAGGAAAAGACCCUUAAAUAAUGGCCCUUCCCAAGGGAAACCUAGUAUAUAUUUGGAGAAAUGAUUCAUUUAUUAUUGGCAUGCUUAGUUUUAAACCUCAGUUUGGCAAAGUAAACUUUUUUUUUUAAUUAGAAAUAAAAUUGAUUUUCUGAUGGUGGGGAAAAAAUAAGCUUAACAACAGAUGUUAUCCUUCUGUGAGUUAUUCUAGUUGCUUCUAUUUGAAUCUUGGCAAAUUAAGACAUCCAUAUCUCAAACUAAGUCAUCUCUUAGACACUGGGAGUUAAAAUAGCAUUUAUGUAAUGGCUUUAAAACUAUGUAAAAAGCCCAGAUUGUUUUUCCUGAAUCACCAUUAGUGGUUGGAAGGUAAGAUAGUUAGUAAUAGUAACGUAAAUGAAAGAGAAUUCCAAGGUAAAAGUAUUUCAUAAAACUACUAAUAAGUAUUUUCUAACUCCUUGUAUAAUUUAGUGACGUAAGAUUAUAAAUUACAGUAUGAUUCUAAUUGAUAUACUUGUGAGAGGCCUUGUGAAACUCUAUGGACCAGUGAAUGUUCACAUUCCACAGCAACAUAUUGACCAAAAAAUACCAGGCCAGUGUGAACUGUGGAGAAACUUUCUUUUUCUGAAUAGUUAUUUACAAGAAAAGUAUUUAUUAAUAAAGUUAAUUAUAAGCAAUAUUUCACAUA